AUGUCCAUGCCUCCCACUGCUUCUCUCAGCGCGCUGACCACGGAUGAAUCGUCUCAACCUGUGCUCGGAUCAGUAGGCGUGGGCGGAGAAGUGGAGGAGGAGGAGGAGGACGUGUACUACGACCAACCGCCGCCUGGCCCAUCGCUGGGAGAGAGGCACCAGGCGCACGAUUCACGUCGUCCGCUUACGGCAGAGCAGAAGGCCGAGGCUGCGAGAUGCUUGCGAUCGUCGACCCUGUUCAAGUUUUGCUCGGACGAGAGCAUCGCCAAGGUCAUCGAGAACAUGACACGCGAGCCGUUCUCGGAGGGCGAGGUGCUUCUGGAGCAAGGUGACCCGCAGACCAGAGUGUUUCUCAUCACCCAAGGCUCCGUGUCCCGCCUGCGCUACCUCAACGAGCAGCUGCACCAGGUCGAGACUGUCGGUGGGGAGAACCACAGAGGGAUGUUCGGAGCUCUGCACGUGCUGAGGGAGGAACCUACCUAUGCUACGGCCCUCACGGAGACCGAUGGUGUUGCCUUCACUCUGGAGUCGGUGGAGCUGAACAAGCUGAUUGAGGCGGAUCCGUCGAUUGCCAAGGAGAUGCUGUACUCGCUGUCCAAGGAAGUGUUCCGCAUGAGCAAGCUCAGGACGCCCCUCCUGGAACAGGACCCCAAGCCCAAUUCAUUCUUCGGUUCUACCCUCGGAGCGGUCAUCGAGAGCUACUACCGCUCUGGCUUCAACUCGUGGCUCAACGCUAAGCUCACCGGCAAGCCGCCGGCCUCCAUGUUUCCCAUGUUCCAUGUGCAAAUCCCCACGCGGGUCUUGUACAUCAACGGCUUCAAGGCAAGAUGA